CCAGCGCAGCCCGAGCGGCCUAGCGGCGCAGCCAAGCGCGGCCCGCACCCAGUGGUGACGCCUACCGAGGGCGUCGACGCAGCGAAAGUGCCGAGCGGCGACAUGGACAAGGCGGAGAAGGCGGCCAAGGACAAGAUGACCGACGAGAAGGCCAAAAAGAAGGCGGGCGACGGCGACCCCCCGGUCGGCGACGACCUGGCCGCGGCCGACGUGGACAUGGCCCACCUCGACGGCGGCGACAUGGACGUCGACGACCUGGACGGCGGCAUCGGCCUGCACGGCCUGGGCGCCGGCGACGACGCCGAUCUGGAGGGCGACUUCGCCAGCUUCCUGAUGGACGCCGUCGACGCCGAGGACGAGAAGCAGGAGCGGAACGUGGAGUGGGGAGGAAAGCGGUCCCCCGGGGCGGUGUCGGUGGGCGCGGACGAGGGCGUCGGCGCGGAGAAGCGGCGCGGCCGCUGCAAGUGGUUCAACGUCGCCAAGGGCUGGGGCUUCAUCUCCCCCGACGACGGCGGCCAGGACAUCUUCGUGCACCAGAGCGUGGUCCAGAUGUCCGGCUUCCGGUCGCUGGGUGACGACGAGGAGGUCGAGUUCGAGUGCAAGGUGUCCGACAAGGGCCUGGAGGCCACCGUGGUGACCGGCCCCGACGGCACCGACUGCCAGGGUUCCCACCGCCGGCCCGCCGCCAAGAAAAGGUUCAGGAAGAUCAGCAGGUGCUACAAUUGCGGCGAGUUCGCCAACCACAUCGCGGCCAAGUGCACCAUGGGCCCGCAGCCCAAGCGGUGCCACCACUGCAAGUCCGAGGACCACCUGAUCGCCGACUGUCCGACCCGCAAGGAGAAGAAGGAGGGCGAGAAGGAGGAGGGCAAGGAGGGCGAGAAGAAGGCCGAGACGGAGAUCAAGGAGGAGAAGGCGACGAGAAGAAGGAGGACAAGAAGGACGACAAGAAGGCCAAGACGCCCAAGAAGGGCGACGACGGCAAGGAUGCCAAAGCACCAGCGCCGGCCGCUCAGUAGCAGAGGCAACCCGCCGAUCCAUUCCGAGAGUGUGUGUGUGUAUGUGUGUAUCUGUGUCUGUCUCUCUACCUGUCGCUUGGAAGGCAAACCCUUGCGUGUACGAGUCUUAGUCUUGUGUUCCGUUGACCCCCGUAGCCUCGCUGCAGUGCGGCGCGACCCAUUAGUUCAAAUUGUUGACACGAAUCAAAAAGAAUGUAAUUGAAGCUCCUCACGGACCGCUCGGUUUGGCCGAGGUGUGUGUGUGUGUGGCGUAGCUCCUUAGCCAAUUGUUCUUCUGUAUGUGCCAUUCUGUACGUGCACCGGCCCCCCGGGCCACCCCUACCCCUUCCCCUCGCUGGAUGUGCAGGGGACACUAGACCUGGAGUGAACAAAACAUCGGAGGAUAUUAACUACAAUUUUUUUUUCUUUUUCGUUGAAGAGUACUUAUGACAACAAAUUUAAAAUUUCAUUUUGAGGCAUGUGCUGGGUGCCAAAGUCAAAUCAAUCAGUAAAACUAAAGGACCAGACUGUUUUUUUCUUUUCAGAAUGGUGUUAUGAGUUUAUUUAUAGUGUUCUGAGUGAAUCACUCGUGUAGAUCUGGAAACUGUAAUGACCUGAAUAAUUCACUGCCAAUCUUGAAAAUCGUGGCACCUCUAUACUCAGCCUGAAAAUGAUCUUACUGUCGGCUGUCAACAACACAACUUCGCCAACAGUGGUGCAAAUUGUCGUGAAACGAGUUGACCUUCACUUAACCUAGUGAUCCUUGUUUUGAAAACAAAUAGUAUUAUUAUUUUAAAGAAUGUUUAUAUUUAUUAUUUUAAUGCCUUUUUCAUGUUUAAAAAACUAUUUUCGAUGUUUUGAUACGAAAGGCCAACGCCUUCUGUAAUCUCACCUCCGAAUGCUGUAGGCUUUGGGUCUCUGGCAGAGGGUUAUAAAAAUUAACUCAAAACAUAUUUCAUCCCAGUGUCGCGAAUGGCGUUUGGGAGUUUGAUUUCCGGUGAAAAUAAAGCUUAAAAGCAUACGACUGAAUUCGAGUUUUUUUUUUUUUUGUUCCAUUUCGUACAUUCCUAUUCAAAACGUCCCGUUCUCUGAGCCGAGAGUCGUUCCAAGUUGCUUCCCAGCUGAUGGCCAGCUCGGCCACGACCCCGGGAGCCUCCGAACCACAGACAUCCAGACUGUCCCGGGUACCCGAGUGCUUGUCACUCAGCCCUGUCGGAGGCAAUCACAAAAUACGUACCCUGAGGGACCAACAGUGUCACCCUUAUUCACUGCAGAAUUUUCUCUUCUCUAGUUAUCAUUGAACGCCGUGGUCACAUGCUGGAAGUUACACGUGUAAAGUGGGUGGUUCGCUCGUUGUAGAACACAUACCGUCUACCAUGGAGCGCCUCUCGCAAGCCAGCCACCCUGUACCUCACUCAUGUGGUAGCUUUCACCUGAUGGCCAGUAAUUUUCUUUUUGGCGUGUGUUCGUUAUUUGUAUUUCUUGCUGUGUGGGAAAGGGCCGAGGAGGGAAAAAUGUUUUCAAAUGCUUAAUCGCCGCAUUUAAAAGCUUUCCGUUGCGUCCGGUUUGUUUUCCUAUUUCGGAGGGGGGAGGGUGAAAUGACCUAGCAAAGCUAUGAUCUCACUAAGUUUGUUAUUUUUAUUUACUUUUGUAAUAAAAACUGUAAAUAAUGUGAAAUAACAGGACAGCAGCUCGUGUGGCUCCCGCACUUCGCGUGUGGCUCCACAGGAAAGUUUCCGACUUUCAGCAAAAAAAGAUAUGAUUUAUUUUCGCAGUCAUUUUGCUGUCUCCAUUCUGUUUGUUUCGCGCAAAUUUUUCCUUCUUUGGCGUCGAAUGUAUCAAAUGAAGGUGUUUUGGCUCGGUUGUGAUUCCUGCCAGCAGGUUCCGUUUGUUGCUGAACAAGGGCCGCAAAGCACGAAGCGGUCCCCCCUUCUAUAAAAAUAAUAAAAAUAAAUGAAUUCUUGGCGUGUUGGGAUGGGGCACACAUCUGUCGGCUUCAGCGUAUGAUCGCUGUCCAUUGUGUUUUGUAGGCAAAUAAAUUAUGUCUUGUGCA